GGCGAAUUUCCUUUCUCCUCCUCCUCUACUUUUUCUUGCCAUUGCUUUUCAUUUGCUCUCCGCGCAAAUUUAUAUGUUAUGAACGUAUGGACGGCGCUUAGAGCGCCUGCUAGACAUUCUUUCAACGCUAUUUCACGUGUUGGGCCAACCCAGAGAUGUUUUUCUUCGACACGUCUCCGCGCCGCAGACCUCCUACCAAUGGAAAAGUUGCGGAAUAUCGCAAUUAUAGCCCACGUCGAUCAUGGCAAAACUACGCUGGUGGACCAGCUUCUCCGCCAAUCUGGGACACUCGCAGCUCAAAAUGGAGACGGGGUAGCCAAUGAACGAGUAAUGGACUCCAACGACCUCGAAAAGGAGCGCGGAAUAACCAUCCUUUCCAAAUGUACAUCGGUUUUCUAUUCCCCCAGUGCGAAUGACGGAACACACUUAAUAAAUAUCGUCGACACGCCGGGACACGCGGAUUUCGGUGGGGAGGUUGAGCGGGUACUGAGCAUGGUCGACAGCGUUGCUUUGGUUGUGGAUGCAACGGAGGGACCGAUGACCCAGACGCGUUUUGUGCUUUCCAAGGCCUUGGCUCGCGGUUUAAAACCUCUUGUUGUUCUGAACAAGGCGGACCGUGCAACUUCCCGUCCAGCUCAAGUUGAAGCAGAUUUAUUUGACCUCUUUGCCACACUCGGAGCCACCGACGAGCAAAUGGAUUACCCCGUACUCUAUGCCAGUGCCAAGCAAGGCUGGGCCGUCACGGACCUCACGAAAAUGCCGAAACAGGACGCGUCAGGCUCGGUCUCAGAGUCUCACGAAGGGAUGAAGCCGCUCUUCGAUAUGAUUCUACAACAUUGUGCUCCACCAACUCUUUCCCGGACCAAUGACGACCCAUUCUCCAUGAUUACUAUCCAAAUUGAGAGUGACCCCUAUGUUGGCACUCUUUACCUUGGACGCGUUCAUUCUGGUGUCAUUAAGGUCGGUGACGAUCUCACUGCCAUUGAUACGCAAGGCAACAAAGUCGGCGAAGGCAGAGUCAAAAAGCUAUAUGUUCGUGUCGGCAUGGAACGUGUUGAGCGCAGCGAAGCUGGUGCGGGCGAAAUUAUCAGCAUUGCCGGAAUCAAAGGCGGCGGAGUGAAUGUCACCUUGGUCUCUGCUGAUCCCAAAUUUUACACAGACGGCUCUGCUCCAACGCCACUCCCAUCCACGCCCAUCGACCCGCCAACAAUUUCCAUCAUCGUCCAUGCCAACUCUUCUCCGCUUGGCGGUACCGAAGGCUCGAAACUCACCUCUCAACUGCUGAAAGAGCGGAUUUAUCGCGAAGCCCUAACAGAUGUAGCUCUUUCGGUUCUACCUGGCCCAACCUCGGACGCGAUUGAGGUUCGGGGUCGAGGUGUGUUGCAUUUAGGCAUUCUCCUCGAAACUUUGCGCCGGGAAGGUUUCGAGCUUCUUAUUGGACCACCCAAAGCGGUCUUUCGAACUGAUCCCGAGACUGGGGAGCAGAUGGAGCCCGUGGAGAAGUGCGUUAUUGUGGUCAGGGAAGAAUACGCUGGCGGCGUUGUCCAAAAACUGACACAACGACGCGGCGAAAUGCGGAGUUACGAUGCGGUUGAUGAAGAUGUUGGUGCUGGGGCUGUUUCUGGAGAUGGUGAAGCCAGCUCUGGCGGGGGGGGGUGGUGA